GCGGCCCUCGACACAAAACACGAGCAAAUCAGCAGUUUACAAAAGCAAAAUAAAUCUAUAUCUACCUAAAAGUCGUUUAAAAUUAAAUAUUAACUGAAUUUACUUCCAUAAAUAUGGUCAAUUCAAAUACCUGAUUUUUACCAUCUUGCAAUAAGUAAUGGGAGUAAUUUAAACCAAUAAUAAACUUGCAACUUACAUAAAUACUGAUUAAAUAAAAACUACUCUAAAUCAGGCUAAAAUGACGAAAGUCAACGUCAGGAAACAUGGGACAGGACACAUUUUGCAAGAUUUACUUUCCUCUACGGUACUCCUCAAAAGGUCAAAUUUCAUCCCCCCAACGCGAUCCCAACAAGAUGACAACUUUCCUUUGAAAAUUGAGGGGGACAACUCAUCCCCCAGAUUAUUAACGUCGCCCUGUUCAAUCUGCACCGAAUCUGGCACAAAUCUGCGUCCUCUCGCCGUACAGGAAAUGAACAUUCUCGCCAAAUUUGUCUUAAAUCAGGAGCAAAUUUCACACAUUUUACAAACUGAUCAUCAUCCUGCAAUAUUUUGUUGCAAAAUUUGCUCCUCCGCGAUCCUCUCCUUGGCCAAGUUGACCACGCAGAUUGAAAAUAUUACCAUUUCUCUCCGUGCCGUCAUUUCCAGCAGGAACGGACUCUUUAAAAAACUGGGAAAUGAAUUCAAAAUCAGUGCUACUAGAAAUGCCUCUCCUACUGACAAAAUUUCCAACGCUGACGAUGAUCAGCAAUUAACUAAACGCCUUCAAGAGGAGGAAAAAAUCACGAUAAAAUUCGAGCCAACUUGUGACGAAUUACUCAAUAAACUGCGAAAUGAAGAUGCCAAAAUUAGCGAAUUUUCGCUCCAAGUAGUCGCUGCUGACCAGAUUCCCGACAGUGACGACGACGAUGACCAACAAUUGAAUGGAUGCAUUGAGGAGGAAGAAUUCUCCGUAAAAGUUGAGCCAACCUACGACGACGAUGACGAAAUCACGUCUGACCCUCUCAACUUGUCAGAAAAUGGGGACGACCUUGACCCCGUAGGAAAUUCCGUUGAAUCGCCCUUUGUGUGCACCAUGUGCCAACCGAACGUGACCUUUACAUCCGCCAAGACCCGCAUGGUACACAUGAGGAACAAAAAUUUUCACCCAGACGUAGCCGCUGCUAUUAAUUCCCGUAUCCAGGCUCGUUUAGCAUCAAAAAAGCUCCAGUGCAAGCUAUGUGGCCAGAAGUUCUCCCGUUAUAAUGCGCUAAAGGUGCACUUCAGGAACCAACAUCCGGGCGAGAAUAUACCUGCAAAGAUUUCCCGUACAAAAAAAUCUGAAAAAUCGAACAUUACUCAAAGUCUCGUACCACCAAAACAGAACCCAUUUCCGUGUCCAAAAUGUGACAAGAGUUUCACCUCGUACAGGAGCAUACACCGACACAAGCGCAUCAUUCAUGGAUUGGUUCCUUUCGCGCGCAAGUGUGCCCUUUGUCCAGAAAUCUUUGCGCGGUCGAAUUUAUUCGAGACCCAUAUGCAGGAAUACCACAAAGCCCCCGUCUCAUCACGCCAAGAAGUGCGUCAUUCCUGCGAAAUGUGUUCGAAAACCUUGGCCACCUCGACAAGCAAGGAACGCCACGUGGAAGCGGUCCAUUUUCCGGACAAGACGUCCUGUCCGUACGGAUGUGACGUCAAGAUUGGCUCGGAGGCUGACUGGGUGACGCAUUUGGAGGGGUGUGAUUCCCCAAAAAUGAGUCCAGAGUCCAAAUCCAGUUGCAGAUUUUGUCCCGCCGUAUUCCGCAACAGUCUUCUGCAGAUAGAACAUCGCCUGCGCGUGCAUCCCGAAAAUUGCUACUCUUGUCCCACUUGUGAGCAAAAAUUUACCCGCCAAUGUGUCCUCGAUUAUCAUCGGUGUACCGUAAUUUCAAGCGGAAAUAUUCGCCCAAAAAUUGAAACUGAUUCCGAAUUAUCGAAUGAAGUCUCUGACAGCGGGUCUCCUACCGGCAAGAACACUGCAGACGACCCACAAUUACCCGGAUGUCUGGAAGAAUUCCCCGUAAAAGUUGAACCAGUUUAUGACGACGACGACGACGAGGAGGAUGACGACCGUCACGAAAUCACGUCUGAUCCUCUCGAAAUGUCGCCAGAAAUUACCAACCUCGUAAAUUCCUACGUCCCGGUGGCGGAAUCAAAAUAUGUGUGCAAAAUCUGUCAACCUAGCGUCACAUUUAGCAGGAGUGACUCCUACGAGCGCCACCGAAAGAACAAGAAGAUUCACCCCGAUAUUUCCGACAUGGCAGCUCGAUUACCAUCGGAGAAAUUUGCGUGCAAAAUAUGUAGCAAGACAUACAGCAGAAAUAGGGAUCUCCGUCGGCAUGUUAAGAAUGUUCAUCCGGUUUCCACAGCAGAAUCGAGCAUAAUAGAGCGAUCCGUCCCCUCAAAACCGAACAGAUUUCCAUGUCCAAACUGUGACCAGAGUUUCACCUCGUACAUCGGCUUACACCGACACAAACGCUUCGAUCAUGGACCUUCUAUGCGGAAGUGUACCCUUUGCCCUCAAGUCUUCGCGGGUUUGAACUUAUUGCAAAGUCACAUGCAUGAAUAUCACAAUUCCCCAAAGUCAAGCCAAGACACGCGUCAUUCGUGUGCCAUGUGUUCAAAAACCUUCACCACCGCGACAACCAGGAACCGCCACGUGGAGCUUGUCCAUUUUCCGGAUAAGACGUCCUGUCCGUACGGAUGCGAAACCGAGAUUGACUCGGAGGCUGAAUGGGUGACGCACUUGGAGGAGUGUGAUUCCCCAAAAAUGAGUUCAGAAUCGAAGGGCAAUUGUAAAUUGUGUCCCGCCGUGUUUCGAAACAUCCCAUUGCAGAUUGAACAUGACCUUCGCGUACAUCCUGACAAGUGCUACUCAUGCUCUAUUUGUGAGCAGAGAUUCACUCGUCAAACAGUGCUUUAUGAUCACCCUUGUACGGGUUGAAAAUCCGGACGGGAAAUUCUUAUCAAUUCAUUUAUUUACAUUAUAUAUUUCCGUGUGCUGUAAAAUAUAAAAUAAAAAUAAAAUAUAUUUGGAGAAAAACAUUUA